CUCCGCUGCUCCGCUCCGCCGCUCACUUUUCCUUCCAGGAGCUCGUGAGACGAGUCGCCCUCCUUCACAACUCAACCGACCGUCAAACCGCCGACAACGAAGAAGAAGACUUCCGGGAGGCAUUGUCAAAAUAAAGUACCCAUAAAAAUACAGUAGAGGGCAGCAAAACCUCGGCUGGACUGUUUGCAGACAAGCUCAAUCGACCCCGGAGCACCAGUUCUUUCCAAGGACUGCUAAUCAAUCAUCGAUUAAUAUAUUCAUCAUCGCAACCAUGUCAGACGCGAAGCAGAUCAUGGCACAGAAAAGUGCUAAGAUUGCAGCUGGAGCAGUUGUGUGUGUCGAGAGUGAAAUAAGAGGAGAUGUGACCAUUGGUGCCAGAACAGUUGUCCACCCCAAAGCUCGGAUCAUAGCAGAGGCAGGGCCCAUUAUCAUCGGAGAGGGCAAUCUGAUAGAGGAGCAGGCACUUAUUAUUAACAGUUAUCCAGAGAACAUCCUGCCAGACACAGAGGGAGUGGAGCCAAAGACCAUGACCAUCGGGACCAACAACGUGUUUGAGGUUGGGUGUGUCUCUCAAGCUCUGAAGAUUGGAGACAACAAUGUCAUCGAGUCUAAAGCUGAUCUCGGGAGAAACGUGAUCCUGACCAGUGGGUGCAUCAUCGGCGCGUGCUGCCAGGUGAACACGUGCGAGGUCGUGCCGGAGAACACGGUCGUGUACGGUUCAAACUGCAUCAGGCGUGUGCAGAGUGAGAAGCCACAGCCUCAGACUCUACAGCUCGACUUCCUGAUGAAGAUCCUUCCCAACUACCAUCACAUGAAGAAGACGGCCAAAGGCAACAGCACACCUGUGAGGAACUGAAGACAGAGACACCAGACGCUGAGACAUUUCCUUCAACUUGCACUUGUGUUACCCUGUAGUCUUUAUGAUACCUCUGACACUGACGAGGUGAUGACCAUCACACACUCUUUAUUUCAUCAUCUCUGAACACUCGGGGCAACUUCCGGCUUUGCACUUUCACUUUCAGAUCAAUAUUUUGACUAUUCAUCACAGUUUUUGGACACAAAAUUCAACUUUUUUUUGUUGUGCCAUUUUCAUGUUGAUCAAUCAUAAUCAUAUUUAUUUAUAAUUGUUCCAAUAAUGAUCCAAACAUGUUGCUAUAUAGAUUAUAAUAAAGAUUGCAUUUCUGCUUCUUUACCAUGAG